AUGGCAAAUAUCGAGAGAAUGGCCGAGCCGCACCGCAUCUUGUUAACCACCGAGAUCCUCGAAAAGAUCUUCCUUUACACGGACAUGCGAUCGGUUCUGACCUCAGCACGAGUCUCCAAGCACUGGCAUAAGUUAAUCAAGGAAUCAUAUGAACUCCAAGCACAUCUAUUCUUUAAGCCAGCAUUAUCCAGCUCUGGAACCACAAAAAGGCUCCGCAACCUGCUCCUAGAUAGUGAUCUAUGGUCCAUUUUCUACCGCCAAGAGCUGAACACAACUCGACGGCAUGCGUCCUACGAUCGAUUAAAACUUCCUUUUAUGGAUGCCGCCAAAGAAGACGCUUAUCUUCGACAAGAGGCGAGGAACUGGGACAGGUUGAAUUCCAAUUCGUGA